CAGUCUUUAAACUAAACAUAAAACUCCACUUCACGCGUAGUGAACCUGAAUCACAGAUCAGCCAAAAAAUGGUGCUCAACGUCCCCGGGUUGAUCUCGGUCAUCAUCUUCUAUAUCGUUAUCCUUGUCAUCGGACUAUGGGCAGCCCGCCGGACCAAAGGGGAAACUAACAGCGAAAAUGUUAUGUUGGCCGGGAGGAACAUAGGGGCACUUGUUGGAAUAUUUACUAUGACAGCUACUUGGGUUGGUGGAGGAUUCAUAAACGGGACGGCGGAGACAGUGUAUAGUUAUGGCUUGGUGAACUGCCAGGCUCCAUUGGGCUAUGCCCUUAGUCUGGUCAUUGGUGGGAUAUUUUUCGCCCGAAAAAUGCGUGAAAAUGGAUACGUUACGAUGCUGGACCCAUUUACUCGAGCCUAUGGAGAAAGAAUGGGAGGACUUAUCUACAUACCGGCACUGCUGGGGGAGGUGUUCUGGUCUGGGGCCAUCCUAGCUGCUCUAGGCAGUACCCUGAGGGUGAUCAUUGGUCUCUCCCACGAGGUAGCCAUCAUAGUGUCCGCUUGUAUCGCUGUCUUCUACACUCUGUUUGGGGGACUUUACUCUGUGGCAUACACUGAUGUUGUCCAACUUGCCUGUAUAUUCAUUGGUCUGUGGCUUUGCAUUCCGUUUGCUUUGACCAGUGAAUUCGUGGAAAACAUAUCUGUCAAUUCUUCUACGGAGUGGAUCAAAGAGGUGGAUCCAAUUUAUGUGGGGGUGUACAUGGAUUCUUUUCUCCUCCUUAUAUUUGGAGGACUACCUUGGCAGGUUUAUUUUCAAAGGGUCCUGUCAACACGAACAGCCGGCAUAGCACAGACUUUAUCUUUUGCUGGAGGUCUGGGGUGCCUUAUUAUGUCAAUACCAUCAAUCCUUAUCGGUGCCAUAGCUGUCAAUGCAGAUUGGUCUCGGACCGCAUACGUUACCAGAGAUAAUUUCAACGUCUCAGAUAUUCCAAACAGAGCGUCUGAUAUUUUACCCCUAGUCUUACAGUACUUGACCCCAGAAUGGGUCUCUUUCUUUGGACUAGGAGCGGUGUCUGCUGCUGUAAUGUCGUCUGCUGACUCUUCCAUUUUAUCCGCAAGUUGUAUGUUUGCUAGAAAUAUCUACAAAAUGAUAUUUCGGCAGAAGGCAUCAGAAAAGGAGAUUAUUUGGGUGAUGCGAAUCGCCAUUUUUGGCGUUGGUGCUUUGGCAACUAUCAUGGCGAUCACCGUGAAGUCCAUCUACACGCUGUGGUACCUCUGUUCUGAUCUCGUCUAUGUUGUGUUAUUCCCACAGCUUCUCUGUGUAACUUACUUAAGAACUUCCAACACGUACGGAUCCCUUGUAGGGUAUAUCAUUGGAAUGUUCUUUCGGAUCGCAGGAGGGGAACCAUCAUUAGGAAUUGACGUUCUCAUCAAAUUUCCAUACUACUCCACAGAAAAUGGACAGAUGUUUCCUUUCAAGACUCUCUGUAUGUUGAUGUCAUUUACCUCCCUUGUCUUUGUUUCGUAUUUGACUGACUUCCUUUUUAAAAAGAACAUCCUUCAUCCUCGUUUUGAUAUAUUUAAAUGUGUGGUCAACAAAGAUUAUCCUGAUGUAGAAUUGAAAAAGUACAAUGCAAACCCCCAGGAAGUUUUUGCCAAUCCUGGGUUUACCCAAUCUAGUGGAGAAAUAGCAGCAAAACAAUAGGUAGCCAACUAGUGUUCUUAGUUGAAUAUUUUGAUGUUUAUCAAUUUUUUUUCUAUUUUUUUUUUUAUUUUUUCUCUCCAAAUAUUGAUACCACUUUCCCUGAAAUACAAAGGGAAUUAAAAUUCGUAUAUUCUCAAAAACUUACUCAGUUCUGUGUAACGGUUUCUUGUGUUGAUUCAUUUUGCAAAAUUAAAAAUUAAUAAACGAUUCAUUUUUGGAUAUUUUUUUUAUAUGCUUGUCAAAAUUACCUUUCUCAUA